AUGCAGAUUGCCAACGACGACGAGCACAGCGACGAGCACAACGCCCAGAUGAUUCACCUGGAACAUCACAAAAUUCUGCCUGCUUGGGACGGCCUUCCCCCUCAUGAUGACAGCAGCUUCAAUCCAGACUCAUUCUUAUCAGAUUCCCCUAACUCAAAGCCCGCCAGCAAUUUCUCCGCACAGCAGCAACAGCCAGAGACAAAUCCACAAUCAAUAACUCAAUCAUCUGACCCAGCCGAAUCUGACCCAGCCGAAUCACAUACAUCUCCUCCACAACCACCGUCAACAACAAAUCCUCAGGACGGCAGUACGGGCGUGCCAUCGCCACCCGGGGACGACCGCAGUUCAUCACUAUCACCGCUGCCUGAAGCAGGGUCACCGCAGACUACGCACAACGAGGCCACAGGCUCACCGGCUCCUGCCCCGACGUCUAAGGAAGACGACGAGGCUGCCAGCGAAAAACCUUCUUUGGUAGCGAUAAAGACUGGUCUGGAACAAUCAUCACGCCAAUCGACUCCCCUCAGCGAGCCUCCAGACCAGGAGGACGAUGCUGACCCUUCCGCCGACAAUUUGAAGGAAGGCAUGCAGGAAGAGUCGGCAGGCGCGCAGACGGGUGAGGCCAAUGGUGUGGAUUCGAAGGAGACAAAACCGCCGGAAGGAGCUCAGAGUGGGAAGGGGUCUGGGAGAGGUGGAGGUUCGACGCCUGGGGAUGUAAAUGCGGCUUCAGCAUGGAAUAAGGACUCGGCGACAACGAACGACUCUCAUUCAGUACUACCCUCUCCUGUUGCUCCUAGUCCAACGUCCACCGUACCACAGGCAAGCGACCCGAAGGUUGUCGCUGUGUUGGGGUUGAAUGUUGAGCUACUUAAAGUUUUCAUGGAAUUUCAAACCCGUGGGAUGCCCAUGGCGGAUCCAAUUCCUUCACAGUACUGCGCUCGCCUUCAAUCAAAUCUUGCUUGGCUCGCUGCGGCCGCCGAUCAAAGUAGACAAGGCAAUCAUAGCCAGAUUUCUCUACCCAUGAUGGACCCGCCUUCACCCGUGGACUUCGCCCCCAAUGAGCGCAUACGCCAGCUGUAUUCUGACCUUCCUUCUGUGUUUGCAAAAGAGAUGGCCCGCCGGCAACAAGCGGUUCUCUCCUCCGUCAAUGCAUCAUCUGCUCUCUCUACGCCCGUCCCUCCCUCUACUCCCGCGCUAACGAAUCCCAUGCCCGGUACACCCGGCACACCCAAUCCCUCAGUCAAUCACCUCAAACGCGACCGUCCGCAUGAUGCGCACACACCCAGCGAACCGACGAGUAUCAAGCGCAGAGAUACCGGAGAAAGCAAGCCUAACUUCGGCGCUGUUUCUCCGUCGCCCGUCCCAAGCACUCCCUCCCACAAUAACAUGGGCCCGACAAGCGCCGGAAACAUAGGCAACAAUAUGUAUAUGAACCAGGCCAACGGUACUCCCACCACACCCAACCAAGCGCAACUAGGUCUGGGUAUGCCCAACGGUGUAAGUGGGGGUGGGGGUCAAGGAGGCUCGCCUGCCCCUUUCCCCAUGGGCCCUUUAGGGACCAAUCUUGUGAAUACGGCUGAGGCCCAAUUAGCCGCUACCAACAGGGAUCGAGCCAGGCAGGCCCAGAUACGAGCCGCUCAGCAGUUACAACUUCAGCAGCAGCAGCAGUCGCGACAGAUGUCCCCAUCGUCAUCCUCCGGAAUGCCAAACAACCAGAUGGGUGGUCAGAUGCCGAAUGCUGCUAUGAACAACGUUCCUGGUGUAUCCAGCCCCGGCGCGAACCCCAACGGGUCCGGCAACACGAUGAGCAUGAACAUGGGAGGCGGAAAUGCACCACAGCAGGCACACUCGCAAAGCGGCGGCGGUAUGAGCCAACAAAACUUCCAGGCGAUGUACCAAAUGCUACAGACGCCAAAUCAUCCAUUCGUGAAUUAUAUGAUCAGGAACGUGCAAGGCUUCGCUCAACUACCUCUUCAAGCCCAACUGCAGAAAAUGAUGGUCGCCCAGAACGUUAUUCAACAGCAAAGAGAGAGAGCGAAUAUGGCCAACGCUAGUGGUGGGAUGUCGCCUACUGCCAGCAUGAGCGGACAGCAAUUUCAAGGCCAAGCUAAUAUGAGCCCCGUUUCACCUGUUGCCAAUUCACCGUCAAUACCACAGGGCGCCCAGGGAGCUGGGUUCCCGACUGGCAGCGGAAACAUGGGACAAGGUGGCAUGGACCCGCGAAUACAAUUAUCUCAAGGCAUGAAUAUGAGCAAUGUUUCUGCCCAACAGCGGCAGCUUUAUUUGCUCCAACAACAGGCUAGGGCAGGCGGCGGCGGCGGGGCUGGAGGGAAUAACCAUACUAUGAUGUUGGCGUUACAGCAGCAGGAGCGGAUGCGUCAGCAGAUGGGCCAGCAAGGACAAGCGACAUCACCAACGAUAGGAUCGCCUAUGUCCGGAAAUAUGCCGGAUAUCUCUUCCCUCCGGUCGAAUAAUGGUAUUCCCGGUAUAGCGAGGAGUGCGAGGUCGCCGUCGGACAAUGCGCCAUCUCCAAUGACGCCUCGAGUACCGACACGGGGCCCAAGCAUGGGGCAGGAGGAUUAUCAAAGGAUGUUGAUGGCGCAACAGGCACAACAGGCGAAUCGGAUAGCUGCCCAGAGUCCCAUCGGAUUCGGGCAGCAGUCGCAAGCUGCAUGGCAACAAAACCAGAUGCAGCAACAGCAGGGGAUGGGCAACCAGGGUGGUUAUGGUGGUGCUGGCUCGCCGUCAAUACAGCAACAAAACUGGUCUCAACAGCAAGGAGGAUACCCAUUCGCGUCAUCGCCUGGAGGGGAGCAUCCCCAGGCAAUUCGACAUAUGUCUGGCACUCCCGGUCCUCAAAAUUCGAAUCCCCAGCCUGAGUCUGGGAUGGUUGUUCCCUCGGACUUUAACAAUCUUCUGGACUGGCCGCAAUAG